UUGAACCGCGUACUUUAUUAGAAAUGAUAAACUCUGUGCUCCCCUCAAUGGAAGAAACUCGAUGGGUUGUUUCAAACCGUUGCUCUUUUGUCAGAUGCAGUGUGUUUUCUUUUUUUUAGAAUCUAAACUUUAGAUGAUCUGAUGGGGGGGGGCUUCGAUUUGAAAGGUUAACUUCGUUUUCAUUUCCACAGGCGCUAUCUGAUCUGAGUAUUCCCAGCAUUUUGAGUUAUUUUAUUUCAGAUUUCCCUGAUCUUCCAGGUAUUUUAUUUUAUUGGUAAUUUCUGAUCCAUAAACUCUGCAAUAAUUUUAUCGUAUUUUCCGGAGAGGUACGGUUUGCCUGCAUGAAUGAUGGUGGAGAGUGAAUUACUGUUGGCGCCGGUGAUUUGCCAAUUACAAAGAUGGCGGUGGACAUUCGAUUAGCAACGGCGCGAAAGCCCGUUUCUCUAUCAACUGAAAUUAAUAAACAUCUAGUAUCACCGGGAGAUACGAUCACAACAGAUACCGGUUUUAUGAGAGGCCAUGGUACAUACAUGGAAGAUGAAAAGCUCAUUGCAUCAGUUGCUGGGGCUGUGGAACGAGUGAAUAAGCUGAUAUGUGUCAAGCCACUUCAAACAAGAUAUAAUGGAGAAGUUGGUGAUGUUGUGGUGGGCAGGAUCACUGAGGUUCAUCAGAAACGAUGGAAAGUAGAAACUAACUCCAGACUAGACUCAGUGCUCCUCCUCUCUUCUGUUAAUCUUCCUGGAGGAGAACUGAGAAGAAGGUCUGCCGAGGACGAGCUGAUGAUGAGGGACUACCUGCAAGAGGGAGACCUGAUUAGUGCAGAGGUACAAGCUGUAUUUGCAGAUGGUGCUUUGUCCUUGCAUACCAGGAGCCUGAAGUAUGGAAAGCUAGGACAAGGUACCCUGGUCCAAGUCUCUCCUUCCCUUAUAAAACGUCGUAAAACUCAUUUUCACAAUUUGCCUUGUGGCGCAGCCAUCAUCCUGGGAAAUAAUGGUUUCAUUUGGAUUUAUCCAAUCACUGAACAGAAGGAGGAUGAAGCUGGAGGAUUUGUGACUAAUCUUGAGCCAGUUUCUUUAUCGGACAGAGAAGUGAUCUCACGACUCCACAAUUGCAUCUUAGUCCUGAGUAGUCAUAAAAUGAUGCUUUACGACACCAGUGUUCUCUAUUGUUACGAGGCAUCAUUGCAUCACCAGAUUAAAGAUAUUCUGAAGCCAGAGAUAAUGGAAGAAAUAGUGAUGGAGACAAGGCAACGGUUAAUAAAUCAGGAGGGCUGAUAUCACGCACCGAUUUCAUUUUUCUUAUUUUUGUAAAAUUUUGUAAUAUAUUGUAUUUGUUGCUGGAUCAUAUCAGAACAGUUUAUCGUUAUGUACUAAUAACUAACAUUCAUUCAGUAUCUUUAAUAUAGUAAAAUUCCAGUUUAACAACACCUUGUACAGAGUUUCACAUUGACCUUUUUAAUGAGUUUCAGUUGCAAGAAAAAGUUUGUGAACUGUUUGCAGUUACCUGGUUUUCUGCAUCUUUUUCUGCACCUGCUCUGAUCUUCAUCUAAGUCACAAAAAUAAACAAACACAAUCUGCCUAAAUG